AUGAACUUCCUGAGGCGUAAGUCUCAAGCGCCGACCUCGGCAACUGUCGGAGAGCCAGGUGAGCAGCUUUUCUUCGGCAACGCCGGCCAUCUCGAAUUUGAGCCAGAGGACCCCGAAAGCCCAAAGAACUACUCGUUUGGACGCAAAUGUUAUAUCACCGCUAUCGCCAUUUCUCUGGUAAUGAACGCAACCUUUUCUUCCUCUGCACCAUCUGGAUCCUUCGGAGGCGUCAGUGAAGACCUCCAUGUCUCUGCCGAAGCUGCUGGCCUCGUUACCACUCUCUUCCUCCUAGGCUACUGCGUCGGUCCACUAUUCUGGGCCCCGUUAUCCGAAGUCUACGGCCGCCGCUGGAUUUUCCAUAUAUCCUUCGCUUUAUAUCUUGAAUCUGGCUUCCUCUUCGCUUUUGCACCCAAUUUUGCUGGGCUUUUAGUCGGCCGUUUCAUAACUGGCACGGCAGCCAGUGCUGCCUUGACAAAUGCCCCUGGCACCCUGGCAGACAUCUGGGGCCCCACUCAGCGUGGAAAUGCCAUGAUGCUGUUUUCCACAAUAACUUUCGUGGGGCCUGCCCUAGCACCAGUUGUCAGCGGAUUCCUUCAAUUGAAGGAGACAUGGCGGUGGACAUAUUACGUCCUCCUCUGGAUAGCGGGCGCCACCGAGAUCAUGCUCAUCAACCUUCCUGAGACCCUUCCUAUGAUUGUUUUGCGCAACAAGGCUUGCCGUAUUCGCAGAAUUACCGGUGAUGGGGCUAUUCUAUCUCCGGUCGAGGCGUCAGAUCGUUCCCUGGGAGGCAUGUUCCAGGUCGCCCCAACGAGGCCUUGGAGACUUCUUAAUGACCCAAUCAGCGCCUUUGUCGCAAUUUACUAUGCAGUCGCCUACACACUAAUCUACAUGCUGUUCAGUAUUUACCCCAUCGUUUUCCAGCAGAAGCGCGGCUGGAAUGCUGGCGUCGGCGAGCUCCCAUUGAUUGGCACACUCAGAAAACCCCUAACCCGCAAGCCGGUCCCAGAAGAUCGCCCUCCUGGCGCGAUGGUGGGCGGAGUCAUGUUCGCGUUGACGAAGUUCUGGUUCGCAUGGACAGCGGAAUACAAUGCAGUCCACUGGGCCGUCCCAACAGUCGCAGGUACCUUCCUUGCAAUGUCAAUAUUGCUCAUCUUUGUCUGUUAUAUCAAAUAUAUCAUGGACCUGUACCUGACAUACGCCGCAUCCGCUAUGGCGGCAAACACCGUUCUGCGAUUUGCCUGUGCCGCAGCUUCGCCACUCUUCACUCAGUACAUGUUCAAUGCACCCGGUGUGGGUGGGGCUGGGUCGCUUACAGGAGGCAUAGCUGUGCUGCUUAUGCCUAUUCCAUUUGUAUUCUAUAAGUAUGGUGGCGCAAUUCGGGCGCGGUCUCACUUUGCGCCAACAGACGAAAUACCGCUUGCCCCUACUGAUGAGGAGAAGGCGGUACGAUCUCCCGGCUAG